AUGAGCUACAUCGCCCGCCGAGGUCUCUCGACCUUGAUUCCCCCAAGGUCGCUUCCCCUAACCUCCGAACUCGUUUUCGCCAUCGGUGCCGCCCAGGAUGCCGCCCGCAUGGAGCGUGUUGUGAACUUCUACGCCGGUCUUCCCCGUGGCCCUGCUGCCCCCGUUAAGGCCUCCGGCCUCAUCGGUCGCUACCAGGCCCGCUACUUCAGCGGCAAGAACGCCUCCGGUGCUCCCCUCGUUCACGCCAUCGCCGGUAUCUUGAUCCUGGGUUACAGCAUGGAGUACUACUUCCACCUGCGGCUUUCGGAGUGCGACCCUCAGCUUCAACCCGAGUUGACUCUUGAAUCUUGUAUCAUCCCUCCCUACAUCAACACGCUUUCCGCAUUAUCUUCCUUUCCCUCCCCUUUCCCCAUUUCUGGGACUCCUCGGGCUGCGGAUUUCCACAAGCGCCUAUUCCGCGAUCAAUCGAGCAUUGUUAUGGCAGAGCAGAGCAGCCGCGAUGUGGUAGAUCACCUGUCGGGCGGCGAGCCUUCGCCAUCCGACGUUCCUGCGAGCACCACCGACAACUCAUCUGCUGGAGGGGACGCGGGGAAGACCGAACAUAUCGCAAUGAAAACUACAUCCAAAGACGAAACUCCGAAUGGCCAUGAAACAGCAAAAACGUUUGACUCCCCGGAAGAAGGAGCUGGCAGUGACAAGGAUACUGGAAGCCGUACAACAACGGGUGCUGGACUUGUUGCGACCAGAGUGCUUGAGCUCAACGGACUGGCAUCUGCAUCGGACGGCGGAGACGACACAGCCUCACAAGGCGGUUCGGAAUCAGAUGCGAGCCGAACGGACAGCAGGAACCAUACGCGAAAUGGCUCCGUGAAAAAGCCGAGCUCGUUCAAGCCGGUUUCUUUCGCGAAACAGAAGUUUUCGGUACCUAAGGUUCCAGGUGCUCCUGCGCCAUCUAAAGCGCCAGAAAAGACGCCGUCCACCUCGACCACACCGCUAGGAACCCCACAGCCAACCUCCCGUCCCCGCCUGGUCGCAAAAACCACACUUGGAAUGCGUGAUUCGCUCUCCAAGAAUGGAGCCGGCGGGGCUAAUUCUGGCGGGUCGGGGCCUGAUGGAAGCCAAGUUUGGAACAAAAACCGGCCUGUUGCGCCACCUCCCCCGAAACAUUUGACCGACGAAGAGCUGAAGCAACAAUAUGGAAUCCAUAUGACUUCUCGCAUCCAGGAAGAUGGUGCUAUCAGCUCCGAAUCCAAGUGGGCGGAUAUUGACGACGACGAGGAUGAUUGGGCUCCUGAAACGAUCGAAUGGACAGAUGGAACCAAGGUCAACCUCACGCACACUCAUGCCGAUCCUCUACCGGGUCCAACUCAACCUGUGCCAAGUCUACCAGAGCCUAAAGAAGCACCCCAAGAAGCACCCAAAGAAGCUCCCGUGGCGCCAAAAGUCCCAGCUGCGCCGAAGCCUAUCACCUCUAUUGGACCUAACCCAACCAUCCUUAAGCUUGGAGCAAACGCUGAACGCCAAGCGAGGACCGCAGGUUCGUCUUCCAAAGGUGCAAGUGACAAAGUGCCAUCUAGUUCCACUAGCCCAGCACCGCCAUCCAAGUCCCCAUGGGCCCCUCUGCCUCCCGUUGAACGGGUCUCUCCUGUCAAUGGUCCCAUGGCACCACCUCCGCAUCCGCGCAUGCCUCUGAGACACCUGCCUCAGAGAGACGACGGUCCCCAUGCACCGCCCAAGGAGAUUGCUGCAGAUGACUUUAACCGCACAUGGAAAGAAGCCCAGUCAGGUGCCCCUCGCGAGCUUUUCAAUUCUCGCUCCGGUCAAUAUGAGCCGGUGACUGACACCAGAAGACCUUCUUGGCGCCACGACCAACACCCGCACCCUCGUGCUCCUGCGGUAUUGCAGAGAUCGAACGAUCAUCCAAGUGGACCGGCAGAGCCUUCUGCUGCUUUCCAGACACACAGGUCGAGCCACCAAGAUGGUAUGGGCUGGGGUGGUCGCCGCCGCACGUCAUCAAACGUGAGCGGUGGAAGCGGAGGAUUUGGUCGUAGAAUGUCAUUCGGUCGACCUGAUGCACCUCCACGACUGAAUGAUGGCCGGAGAGGCUCUCAGACAAUAAUAGAUCCGGCACUGAUGGGCCCUGAGCAGCACCACCACCACCCCCAUUACCAUGGCAAAGAGGAAGUUCCUCUACCAGGACCAAAUGGGCUGGUGCCCCGGCCUGCUGAAAAUGUUCCCGUGGAGGCACCCCCAGAGCCGCAGCCAGUGGCCCCUCCCCAAGAAGACCCUGUUGUCUUGCAAGAGCGUAUCAUGAAGGAGAAGCGUCUGGAGGCGAGACAGCGUAGGAUUGAACAGGAGGAGAAGGAAGAAGCCGCGAAGAAAGAGCGGAUCCGACAACGACUUGAGGCAAUGGGACCUGCACCCGAGAAGAAAGCUCCGGAAACUCGCACCCCUGCCCCUCCGUCGCAACCUCAACCUCAACCUCAACCUCACCACCCUCCUCACACCUCCCCGCGCCAAACAACUCACCCUAUCUCACCUCCUCCCAAACCUCCUGUUCCCGAGCCCACUGGCGCACCAAAACAGUAUGGUAUGAUGAAAGUGCAUCAUCCGGACUCUGUCAAGAAGCUUGUUGGUGCGCAUGACCGGCCAUCUGAUAACAAGCACUUCACUCGACGCGUCUCUUCGCCCCACCAAGAGGCUCCUCGCGAACCACUCGCACCUCACUCCCCGGUUAAGUCGAGCGGUCAACCAGAAGAACGUUGGCAGCAAGGUAAUUUGAAAGUUUCCACGUCGCCCUGGUCUCAUCCUAGUAUCACUGCGACUUCUCCCACCGUCAAAAACCCGUGGAAACCGCUGGGAAGUGACCGCACUCCCACGCUCGGAAACGGCAUUUUCGACCAACCUCUUGGUUUCUCUUCUCGUGAGAAUUCUUUGCGCCAACUAGGCUUUGACCAAUCAGCCAUGUCAAACGCUCCCAACUUCGUUGCAGCUCCGGCAGAGCAAGCCGCCUGCUUACCAUCGCCCGAGGCGCGUCAUCCCUCGUUCGAUCCUUUGCACCCCAUCGGCCGCCCCAGUCCGAUUGGACCGCCGACCUUGCACCAGUCUCGUGGAGUGGAAGCAUGGAGGUCAUUUGCUCAGAACGUGGGUGACAAAGAACGCCAGGAUCAGCAGAAUUUCAUGGAGCAUUUCCACAAGACGCACCAGAAAGGAGAGCACAUUACGGCUCCAUCAACUUUCGACCAGACUUGGAAGCAGAUCAAGCCCACCGAAGAUGGCAGACGUGUCGUCACUGCAGUUGUUCACAAGACUGUGGGUAAGGAUGAGCCGACCGCCGAGCCCGUUGUGCAGCCACUGUCCAACCCGUUGGCUACUGCUGCUCCUCCCGUGGAUGGACUUCCUUCGUCUGACCUUAGCCGCUCAGGUCCCAUUCCUGUUCGCAGUUCUCGAUUCUUCCCAUCUGCUACCGAGCAGCAGCCUAAGCGCCAGGUUGUGGAAAGGGAGCAACGCAGCAGUAGCCCUUCCCCUCCUCCCCCGAGGAAGUUUCAAGCCACCCGGUUUAUUUCGGAGACUCGAGCCGCCCCCAUGUGCAUCUUCCCAUUCCCAAGCCUGUUGUCAAGCUUCCACCCAAGGUGCCGCUCCCCGCGCAAUGCGGCGCCUCAACCCCCUGCAGUCAUCUCGUGGCAGGACAAGAUCAACAGUCUUUUCAAGACAGGAGGCCCCAAGACCGGAGGCACCAAGAACGUUCUGGCUGUCACACCCGCGACCAAGGAAGCCUUGCCUGUUCACACUGCCGCAGUCUCUGUCUCAUUCCCUCGGGCUAAGUUUGGGCUACCAAAGGGCGACGGUGAUAUUGCAGUUGAACAAGUCGAGAGGCAGGAUGAAAUGUUUGAGGAUCGUGAACCUGGCUCGUUGCCUGCUGUCCGUGUUCCCCCAAUGGCACCCGCAAAUUCGUGGAGCCAACUUCCUCUUCGACAGCUCCGCAAGGCCAGUAAGCAGGUUCACCCCCAAACCAUGCAACCAUUCAAUGUUGGGCUGAAUGACCGCGAUACCCACGGCAAUGUGCGAGCCACGAUCCAUCUUCCUGGCGCAGAUGAGCCAAAGGUCUUCCUCAUUCCACGCAAGGCCGGUCCACUUCGACCCCGCAACAAUAACAACAGCAACCCUCGACCUCGCAAAGGCAACAGCAAGCCUGCGUCCAAUACUGGGUCGCGACAGCAGUCUAACAAGACAGCAGGCUGGGGCCACACUGCCCACUAG